UACAGCCGCCCGCCUGUCACUGGGAGACAGUCCACUUAAAUGCAGCUCCAGGGUUGCAGGACACCCACCAGCAUCACUCCCCGUGUGAGGUGGCAAAUGCAACAUGCUGUCCAGCUUGGGGUGCCUCCUUCUCUGUGGAAGUUUUGCACUAGCCCUGGGAAAUGCACAGAAAUUGCCAAAAGGUAAAAGGCCGAGCCUGAAAGUCCACAUCAACACCACAAGUGACUCUAUCUUCUUGAAGUUCCUGCGUCCAAACCCUAAUGUAAAACUGGAAGGUUUUCUUCUGGGAUAUGGCAGCAAUUUAUCACCAAAUCAGUACUUCCCUCUUCCGGCGGAAGGGAAAUACACCGAGGCGGUAGUCGAUGCAGAGCCUAAAUAUCUGAUUGUCGUGCGACCCGCUCCUCCACCAAGUCAAAAGAAGUCAUGCUCAGGCAAAACACGCUCUCGCAAGCCUCUCCAGCUGGUGGUUGGCACUCUGACACCAAGCUCCGUCUUCCUGUCCUGGGGUUUCCUCAUUAACCCACACCAUGACUGGACACUGCCGAGUCACUGUCCCAAUGACAGAUUUUAUACAAUUCGCUAUAGAGAAAAGGAUAAGGAAAAGAAAUGGAUUUUUCAACUCUGUCCAGCCACUGAAACAAUUGUAGAAAAUCUAAAGCCCAACACGGUUUAUGAAUUCGGAGUGAAAGACAAUGUAGAAGGUGGAAUAUGGAGUAAGAUUUUCAAUCACAAGACUAUUAUUGGAAGUAUAAACAAAGUAAACGGGAAAAUUCAAAGUACCUAUGACCAAGCAAACACAGUGCCAGCAUAUGUCCCAAGGAAGCUGAUCCCAAUAACAAUCAUCAAGCAAGUGAUUCAGAAUGUUACUCACAGAGCUUCAACUAAAUCCCCAGAUAGGACUCCCAUUGGAGGAACAAUACUGGCUGUUAAUUUUGAGAACUUCCUGGAAGAAGGAGAAACAAAGUUUAAGUGGGUAAAGAACACUUAA